CAGAAACGUACAGACUAUCGACAACUCAUGGUUCCGCUGUGAAAAUGGCAGCUAGUCAUCUAGCUAUAAAUGCCAAAUGAGCAGCUAUAUUUUAGAGUCGGCGGAGAGAAGAUAGCCUAGUUUUAACCACUACCCGACAGCAUUGGGAGGUUUGUGAGAGGUAUUUGAGGAGUGACUUGGCAGAAACACAAUGCCACAUUUCCUGUGGCCAGAGCCGCUGUCACCCGCUCAACUUAAGCGGUUAGAGGAGCAUAAAUACAGCGCCUCUGGUCGGUCCUUGUUUGAGCCUCCGUGUCAGAUCUACUGGAACUGGCUCAUCCAACAAACACCGACAUGGAUCGCACCAAACACCCUGACCAUAGUUGGACUGUUGGUCAACAUCAUCACCACGGUGGUGCUUGUGUAUUAUUGUCCCACGGCAACAGAGGAGGCUCCAUCAUGGGCGUUUCUCAUGAGCGCUAUGGGCCUCUUCAUCUACCAGUCUCUGGACGCCAUCGACGGGAAGCAGGCUAGGAGGACAAACAGCAGCUCGCCGCUCGGGGAGCUCUUUGAUCACGGCUGCGAUGCCGUCUCUACAGUCUUCGUCGCUGUGGGAACGUGCAUCUCAUGUGGAAUAGGAAGAUACUCAAACUGGAUGUUUUUCUGUGGGUUCAUCGGGAUGUUUUUGUUCUUCUGCGCUCACUGGCAGACCUAUGUGUCAGGAACACUCCGCUUUGGCCUGAUUGAUGUCACAGAGGUGCAGUUUGCCAUCAUAAUCAUGUAUUUAAUGUCAGCUUUCGGGGGCGUCAGCCUCUGGCAAACAACGUUGCCUGUCAUUGGACUGCAGCUGUACAUGUUCCCCAUCAUGGGCAUCAUAGGAGGGGCCCUCUACUCGUGCUACAACUACUUUCAUGUUAUUUUGAACGGAGGUGUCGGCAAAAAUGGCUCCACGGUGGCUGACACCAGUGUGCUGAGUCCUGGUUUGCAUAUCAGCCUCAUCCUCACCUUGGCCUUCAUCAUUUUUAAGAAGUCCUCCACCCAGUUGUUUGAGCAUCAUCCUUGUUUGUACCUCCUCGCCUUUGGCAUGGUCAUCUCCAAGAUCUCCAACAAACUGGUGAUCGCACACAUGACGAAGAGCGAACUUUACCUCCCUGACACAGCCUUCAUAGGCCCAGGCCUCCUCUUCCUCAACCAGUACUUCAACAGCUUCAUUGAUGAACACAUAGUCCUCUGGGUGGCUAUGGUCUUCUCCUUCCUGGAUCUAGCCCGCUACUGCACGGGCGUGUGCCUCCAGAUCGCCUCCCACCUUCGCAUCCGAGUCUUUAGCAUCACACCGCCAAGCCAAGCCCACCGAGACUGACGGCUUGCCCGGCGGGAGGAGGCGGGGGGAGACGCAGAUCUCUCCCCGCUCCUGAAAGCAGAUGACAGCGAGGGGAGACCCUCGACCCCGAGCCUCGACAAAGUGACCACUUCGGAGUGAAACUGCCUCACCCACCCUAUGUAGAACAAAAAAACAAACCAAAAAAUAACAAAGACUUCUAAAAGGCUUUGAAAAGCAUGGAUCUAUUUGAGUUAGCAAGCUGAAUUCCACAUUGGCUGUUGGAGUCGAUAAGUUCUUAAUUUAAACUUUGGUGCAUUUUGUCAGAAAAUAAGGAAGAUUUUUACAUUGUCAUGCUUUUUCAACUAAAAUACCAAAAAAUGAAUCUUACAGGUGCUUUACAGCUUGGGCAAGUAUCAAAGAAUUCCCAUCUGCUUUAGGAUAUGCAUCAAACCUGUAGAUUGUUCUUUAUUUGAGACAAAAGCUGUGCAUCCACCAAGCAGUCCAGCCCAGCUUGGUUUGGUAUCAUUAUUUGCGUUUCCUGGUCAAAAGUUUAGGACGUCACCAAAACACCUGAUCCUGUACUGUCCUACUUUUUAGCACCCUUCUGUUAUGGUGCUAAAGAGUGGAACUAGACUCACUGCAGUCCAUUGAUUGGUCAGAAGGACCAUAAUUUUCCAUGGGACAGUGGUAACAUGGACAAAGACAAAAACGCCAUCUUUAGUAUUGCCUUAAGAGGCUAGCUAGCUACGCCUUUUGAACUGCUUUUCUCCCUCAUCUUGUCAUAAACAUGUUUGUUAAGGAAAUGGUGAUGUUCCAAAUGCAAAAACGACCUGUACUGUCUUACUUUUUUGGAACCUCUCUGUUUGGGCCCCAAGGUUACCUAUCCAACCCUAAAGAGUGGAACUAGUCCCAUCAUUGGUCGAGGGAACCGUCACUUCCUGUGUGACACCAGUAGUAAUGGCCAGCCACAAACCACCAUGUUUAGAGAUUAGAGUUUGGCUACUACUUUUUAACUGCUUUUCUCCAGUUUGUCAUUAACAUACUUUCACAGGCUACGGUGAUGUACUGUUUAGCAAACAGACCUUGUAAAGUACUGCUUGGAUUGAUAUAUCGAAUUUAUUCAAGACGACAAGUGGCAAGUGUAGUGAUAUGUCAUUUGCAAAUUAGUUGGGACACUGAGGGGGUUUUUGUCCCUUUCCUAUUUUUCAAUAUACAGUACUGUGCAGAACUUUUAGGUACUUUUUAGGGCCAAAAAUUGAGCCUGAAGUAAGGCAUAGAUGUGUCGAGUAAGCCACCACCAGUCAGGCUGGAAGGAGGAUUGACACAGCCCUGGUUGUGCUUUGGAUGCUUUUGCAUAUCAUCAGGGGCAAGGGAGAAAAAACUGAUAGAUAAAAAAAAAAAAAAACAUCCAAAGACCACACAAGAUGGAUGUGGCUCUAAAAAGUGGAACUGGGCUCACUGCAGUCCAGUGAUUGGUCAAAAUAACCAUCAUUUCCUGUGCGACAGCAGUAAUAAUUGACAAUCACAAAAACGGCAUGCAUUAGGAGGUUAGCUCCUACUUUUUAACUGCUUUUUCCCUCAUUUUGACCUUGUGAAGUAAUGGUAGGAUAGAAAUAGCUCAGUUCAAGACAUAAAGAGACAUCAUAGUGAUGUGUCAUUUGCAAACAUCUUUGUUUUUGCUUGGUAAACAUAAAAAAAGCCAAAAUGUCACAAAAUAAAGAGCUGUUUGAGGUUUGAAAGCCUGGCUCUAGAACUGAAGAACUGAGCUAAGAAGAUCCAGAUCCCAUAAAAGCCAUAAUUCCCUUCACUAUGAGUGAAGCUGGAUAGACAUUGGUUGUGGAAACACAAGCAAAAUCAGGGUUUACUGUGCCAAACCAUGCCAAACUCACCUUGGCGACAGAGUGUUUGUGAAGGGGAGAACCUAUCAGAAUAAACCCGGAGAGCAAUUGGACAACCAUUCAGUCCGAGUCCCAAAACAGGACGUGGUAACCCGGUUGGGAGACAAACAAAAACAUCUUUACCACCAUCUUCUUUUGAAAGCAUACCCAUUCAUAGCUUCUUUUCACUUGCUACCAUUGUUUACAGGCUUGCAGUUCAACUUAUCCAUGCCUUGGUUUUGGUCUGAACAGAAACAAGCAUGUCAGCUCAAAGCUUUCUAAGACGGAUCUGCCUGAUGACAGACAUGGAAUCUGGCCAGUCCCUAUGCUUUGAAAGGUUGCUCCCAAACCAGACUGCUUGGUGGAAAUGCACCAAAAUAUGCUGACAUAAAAAAGCUAAAUCUCUUUGAUGAUUGCCCAAACUGAAUGUAUAGCCUGUUAAGUUUUCGUAAUCUUUUGUUCGUAUUUAUUAAUGAAUGUGUCUAAAUCUGAAAUGAUCAGGGCUUAAAAUCGGAUUUUAAAAUGACCUUUAAAACCUCAUAAUUUCUAAUGACGUUUGCAAUGUGGGUUGGCAGGGUGUUAUGGCUUUGUGCAGGGGUGACAGUCGGUGUUAGUGCUGAAAACGACGACACGUUUUCUACAAGGCUUCUCUUGCAUACAUCUUUAUGUUGUUUGUUUCUUUGUCACUCAUCUCAUUCCACAAUCCUGGAAAAAAAGAAAACUCUGGCCUUUGGAGCGCCGUCGACUGAUGAAGCAUUAACACGUGGCUUGUUCUGCUUUCUCUGUUCUUCUCCCUGAAGGGCUAAAUGUUAAUUUUUUGUGAUUGUACAGUUCAACUGAAGACGCCUUAAUAUUUUUGUUGUAAUUACUGUUAAACUUGUGAAUAUUUAAAACCGCUUUGUACGUUUUGUUUUUCCACGGAAGUAUCGUACCACACGCAGCAAUCAUAAAAAUACACUACCACAGGACAUUUUUUUAACUGUUCACCCAUAUCUUUACCCAUACAGAAAUACAAAAUGUAUAGAUGACUGGAAAACUUCAAAGAUUUGUUGGAUUAUCAAUCAUUUUGUAAUGAUUUAUUAUCAGUGACUAGAGUAAUCUGACAUACACGUUCAGGUUUAGUGGGAUAAAAAGGGAAAUGACUUUAGUGCCGGUAAUUCAUGUAAGGGUAAAAAUGUUAUAUUUUAAAAAUAAAGUGAUCUUUUCUCAGAUUCUGCUCAUGCAGGAUGACAGACAUAGAAGAUGAUUUUUCAUAAUUUAUGAUGGACUUUUGAAACUAUGCAUUGAGUAAGAACUUUUGAUUUCAACACCAUAUUGCACUGUACUAUAAGACAGAAAAACACCUUUCUACUAACAGAUAAGAGUGGAAAAGAUUGUAAUAAAGAAGAUAUUUUUCA